AUGGCCUCGCAAGCUCGCUCUUCAUCGAUGCGCCAAUGUGGCGACUACGACUCCGCGAGAAAUCGAUACUACGGCGUCAUAUUUACUCAGCUAAUCGACCGGAUUAAAGCAAGAGAUGAUGAAGCAAAACAAACUCUAAUCCUAGUACAUCGUCGCGAGCUUGUUGAACAAGCCGCUCGUCACUGUGCUACUGCAUAUCCAUGGAAGACUAUCGAGGUUGAGAUGGGCAAAUCCCACGGUUCAGGAGUGGCUGAUAUUACAAUUGCUUCAGUCCAGACUAUGAUCUCGAAGAACAGAAUGUUGAAGUACAAUCAUCGCGACUUUAAACUAGUGCUUGUGGAUGAGGCGCAUCAUAUCGUCUCAGCUAGCUAUAUGGACGUCCUGAAGCAUUUUCAUUUAUCAAAAGAUAAUCUUAGCGAUACGUCUCCGUCCCUUGUUGGUGUCUCUGCUACAAUGUCGCGCUUUGAUGGGCUCAGACUCAGUGAUGCAAUCGACCACAUUGUCUACCACAAAGACUAUGUUGACAUGAUAGAGGAUAAGUGGCUCUCAGAUGUCAUUUUUACUACCGUACAGUCCAAGGUAGAUCUCUCAGGAGUCAAAAAUGCCCCAUCUGGAGACUUCCAAGUCGGUGAUCUCGCCAAAGCUGUGAACACCCCCGAGGCCAAUGAGACCACGGUAAGAGCGUGGAAAGCUCGUGCCUUUGGCCGGAAAUCUACUCUUGGCUUCUGUGUGGAUCUGGCCCAUGUCGCAGAUUUAACGUCGACUUUCCGCUGUCAUGGUUAUGAUGCUAGGUUCGUGACUGGUGACACCCCAAAGUCAGUUCGUAGUCAGCGACUGGACGCGUUCAAAAGCGGGGAGUUCCCAGUCUUGCUCAAUUGUGGGGUGUUCACGGAGGGGACUGAUAUUCCAAACAUUGAUUGCAUCUUGCUGGCACGGCCAACUAAGUCACGUAAUUUACUGAUUCAAAUGAUCGGCCGUGGUAUGCGGUUACAUCCGGAGAAACAAAAUUGCCAUAUAGUCGAUAUGGUCGCUUCGUUAGAGGCAGGAAUAGUGACAACCCCCACCUUAUUUGGGUUGGACCCUCAUGCGCUCGUGGAAGCAGCGACUGUCGAGCAAAUGAAAACAGCUCAAGAGCGGAAGACUGCAGAGCAAGUACGGGAGCUACGCAUUGACGACAGAACCCCCUUGGAGCCUGACAGGAUGACAAGGAGGACUCUGACCUUCACUGACUACGAUUGCGUAUAUGACCUGAUUUCAGACACGUCAGGAGACUAUCAUAUCCGUGGCAUCAGUCAGUUAGCUUGGGUCAUGGUAGGGCCUACGCGUUAUAUACUCAGCGCACAGGAUGGAUCGUACGUUACCCUUGAAAGAAAGACGGAGCAGGAGGACCUAAAUUUCGGUGUCAUUUAUACGCAGAGAAUGCCGGAACAUUACAAGGAGAUACACAACACCAAGUCACCCUUCUUGAGACCACGUGAGAUUGCUAAGUCUGUGAGCUUUUCCGACGCAGUACAUGCUGCAGACACAUUCGCUUCUCAGAAGUUUGCGUGGAAAUUCAUAGGAAGAAACCAACCUUGGCGGAGACUGCCCGCCACCGACAGCCAACUUGCCUUUCUGAACAAAUUACGCCCUCAGCACGAUCCUCUCACUGCAGAAUCUUUGACGAAGGGCAAAGCGACCGACAUGAUCUCGAAAAUGAAGUUUGGGGCGAAGGGUUGGUAUGGCGAGAUGAAAGCAAAGGAAAAAAGGAAGUUAGAGAAAGCACGCCAUGUAGAUAACCUGAGGGAACGUGAGCAAGUCAGAGUAGGCCCAAUAGCGAAAUAG